AUGUAUACUUCUUGCUCCUUGAUACACCAGUAUCAUUAUUGGUUCUAUACUCUGUGGUUGUCAGGUUCGAACUUCCCUUACACUCAGAUUCUGUUUACAAUCGCAACGCGCGGACGUCUUGAAAGAAUGUCGUUCAGCUAUUACCCGAAGAAUUUUCACGCCAACGGUUGGGGCUGGCAUCGUACAACGAAUACUGCAAAGGCGGUUCGCGGAUUUUUGAAUAGAGAACGCGAUGGAGAGCAUAGUAGUGAUUUGGUUGGUAACGGGAGCCUAUACCCCACUUUGCCAUCAGAAGACGAUAGUUCCUUCAGUGGUGUGAAACUGUACCCGGCCUUACCGGUCGAGGAGUACGAGGGAGGAGCGGUCGAGGAAGUCGUUGAAGAGGACUUUGCAGCGGUCAAGGUUAAUUUGGACUUAACCAUCUGGUGUAGAGUACGAGUGGAAUCUAUUUGUGACUCGAUGACGUGGAUUCUUGUGUAUUUUGGAGAGUAG